AUGGUUGUGUUGUUGGUGCCAAAGAAGGAUGGUAUAGGAGCUGUGUUGUUGCAAGGUGGGCACCCUAUUGCUUACAUUAGUGAGAAACUUCAUGGUGCCGCUCUCAACUACCCCACAUAUGAUAAGGAGCUUAAUGCCUUAGUUAGAACCCUCCAAACUUGGGAACAUUACGUUGUUUCCAAGGAGUUUGUUAUUCAUGGAUUUGAUAACAUAAGGGAAUUGUAUGUUUCUAAUGAGUACUUCUCUCCCAUUUAUGCUAUCUAUGGGCACAAGGCCCAAGAUGGAUUCUACAUUGCUAAGGGGUAUUUGUUCAAGGAGGGAAGGCUUUGUAUACCCCAAGGAUCCAUUAGAAAGUUGUUGGUCAAAGAGAGCCAUGAAGGUGUAGUUGAUUCAGAUGAUGAGGGGUCUAUAGAUUUGAGGACAAAUACUCUUUAA